UUCCCUCUCUCAGCCCCAGCGCCUCCUCCUCUCCUCCCCUCCCUUCUCUCUCUCUGCCCACCGAUCGAACUCGGAAACCCUCGCCGGCCGCCGGCGAUGGCGUCGAAGGACCUCCCCUCCGACGACCCCGCCGCCAACACCGAGACCGGCGGCGAGACCGUCGCCGCCCGCCGGAAGCGGUCCCGCCGCGUCAGCUUCGCCGACGUGGAGAUCACCUCCGUCCACAUCUUCAAGCGCGACGAGGACUACUACGACACCACCCCUCCCUCCGACCCCAACCCCGACGGCCCGGGCUCCGCCGACGCUGGGGAGGCGCGGCCGCUGUUCAGGGAUCUGGACCACAGCGACGACUCGAGGGAGCUCACGCCGAGCGGGGAGUACGGGAAGGAGGACGGGGAGGAGGAGGAGGACGCCGAUGAGGUCGGGGUCGGCAGGAAGUCGUUCCUCAGGCCGAUUGGGUCGCCGUCUCCCGGGAGCAGCACGUUCGGCUCCGCGACUUCGAAUGAUGAAGACAAUUUCUUUGGUCCCGUCUCCGCGAGCUUUAUUAGACCCGGAAGGCUCUCUGACUCUGCUGCUUCAGAUGAAAAUCAUGAUGUUACGAUGGACUCUACAGCGUUCUCAAUGCAUUUCCGCAGCCUUGCAAGAUCCAACUCUGGCAUGGAGAAGACGCCAACGAGCAUUCAUCUGACCUUUGAUGAGAAGACACCGUCCGAAAAAAAUACCUCUGCUAACUCUGGAAGUUUUAUGAUGCUAACAAAUGCUAGGAAGCUGAGUCCAGAAUCUGCAUCCCCAAUGCAUAAUGUUCAGAGUGACGGUAAAGAUUCGAAUGAAAUGAGCCUUAUCGGGAAUAAUCCAAAUAGGUAUGACUAUGGUAGACUUUCUCCUACCUUGGAUGCCCUCCUGGCGGAAGGCAGCCAGGAUUUGCAAGCUCUUCCUGGUUUUGAUGUUCACAAUGCAAAUGCAUCAGCUACUUUCGAGGUUUUCAAUGCUGAUGAGGGUAGAAGCAGUAAGGAGAAUGUCAAGGGCUCUGCAGAUAACAUAAUGAGCUCUAUGGGCACUGAUGGAACCAAUCAGAUAACUGUUGCAGUUUAUCAUGAAUUAGACAAGGCAAAUAGUGCUUCUGAAGGAAUGUGCAUUGAAAAUGUUAGAAGUGAUUUAUCUAAUAUGGUUGACAGUUUCAUUCUCGAUGCUCCUGUUUAUCAGCAUAUCCAUACUCCUAAUCAGACGCUAAAACUUGGGCCUGUAUUUCAACAUGUGACUGAAGCAACCAUCAAGGAAAAUUCCCCAUGGAAUGGAAGUCAGAAUCUUGAUUCUACUGAACAGGACCCCAACAGAUUGCACACAUCUCAUUUGAAAGGCUCUAUAUCGUCUUUAGCAGCUAAAAGGCGUCAAUUGUUUUUGGAUACAGUUAGUUCACCUGCAAACUUUCCCUUUGCAUCUCCUUCAGCCAAAAUGUCUGGGUCACUGCUAAGUAAGGAAAGAACUCAGCAUGGUUUGAGUCUGUCAUCUAUGUGGAAGAACAUUCCUAAGUUUGGAAAUCUUGAUUCAUCUCCUUCUUCUACUCGUUUGAAGGAAAUCAAAGCAUUAAAGCUUAAGUUAUCUGGUUAUCUAUCUAGUUCUCCUUCCAGUACCGGUCAGGCACGGACUAGCAAAGAUGUUGUAAGCAAACGCACAGAGACCCCUGUUGCUGUUCAUGAUAACAGUCCAAUGAAGACCCCAAUCAUAAAUAAGAUGAAUAAUAAUUUCAGCCAAGCUGAGAAAACUCUAGCUCUUGCCAGGAAUAGAGAAUCUCCAGGUCGCACAGCUUUGCACAUUAAUCAUAAUGAUCAACCUAUUACAGCAAAGACAGAAAUGGCCUAUCCCAACAACUUCAGCAUGUCAGGUGGUGGAGUGAUGCAACCACGAUCUAUGUCCGAGAGUUCUGAAAACACCGCCCUGGUCUCUUUGAAAGCUGAGCCUCCAUUGGAUGAAUUUGUGGUUGCUCAUAGAAAGGAUAACGAGGAACCUAUUGUAAGUCAUAGUUUGUCAACUUCCCCAGUGCAAAGGUUAAAUCAGGAGUUAUUACCAUCAGGAAAUGAUCAAAGUACACAUAAUGUCUCUAUGCAACAAAAUUGGUAUAGAAAGUCCAUUGGCAUUGACUCAGACCAAUUUGAAAGUCCAUUACAAUCUGUAGCCUCUGGUGGCUAUCCAAUUGAAGAUGUUAACAAGAUAAAGUCCCAUUUCCUUGAGAAGAUAUCUCCAAGGGGCAGGAAUAUGUCGGAUUUGCGGAGAAAGGAUGAAAUUGUGGUCGCUCAUAGAAAGGAUAAUGAGGAACCUAUUGUAAGUCAUAGGUUGUCAACUUCCCCAGUGCAAAGGCUAAAUCAGGAGUUAUUACCAUCAGGAAAUGAUCAAAGUACACAUAAUGUCUCUAUGCAACAAAAUUGGUAUAGAAAGUCCAUUGGCAUUGACUCAGACCAAAUUGGAAGUCCUUUAAAAUCUGUAUCCUCUGGUGGCUCUCCAAUUGAAGAUGUUAACAAGAUAAAGUCCCAAUUCCUUGAGAGGAUAUCUCCAAGGGGCAGGAAUAUGUCGGAUUUGUGGAGUUUAAAGCAGCUCAAGGACCUCCAGACCGAAGCAGAUGGAGUCAACUCCAUAGAGGAAGUUUCUUUUGGGGAAAGAAAAGUUUCUUCUCUUAUGCCUGAUUCCACAUAUCCGAACAAAAGUACUGAUGUGCCUUUGCCUAAAAAGAGCCUCUCUAAGGAACCAGUGCAGAAUGACAACAAAGAAAUCCACAACAUGCGCCAUUAUGAGAACAUGCAGUCCACUGUUGAGGAAAGCAUAUCUACUUCCAAGUCUGAUGCUUUGGGCAUUCUUAGUAAUGACAAUCAGCAGGAGCCUUGUCAUUCAGCACGUAUUUUUUCAGCACAAGAGAUGAAGGAAUCUCACCAUCAAAAGAGGAAAGGAGAUGCUCUUGAGGAUGGAGAUCUUGUCAGUAAGGUUGCCAGGACAACAGGGAGUUCAGAAAUCAAAAGAAGUGAGGGUUAUGAUGUCAAUUCCUCCACUGAGAAUCCCAAACAUUCUUGUAUGGGAAGAGAGAAUUCCGGCGAUAGCAUUCCACCACGUAGAAACUGGAAAGAUGUUUUUACAAAGUUCUUGGAUGAUAGCAGAAAAAUACCAUCUCCCUUGGUUGACAAGCUAGAUAUGAGAACGAUCAGUGUGCUCGAUGAGAUGUUAGUACUCCUUCAGAAAGUCAAAAACUAUGAGCUGCUUAGCUCUGACAUUCAGACUAAGAAGGCAGAUCAAUCUCGUGGUGCUUCUGAGAAAAGAUUAUAUGAGAUCAACUCUCUGCUGUAUAAAGCGUUGCAUGAGAAGGAGAGAUUGCGCUUAAAUUGUGUGAAGCGUGAGAGGCUGCAGAAAACAGAACAAAUCUUGAGGUCUUCAAUUCAAGAGUCUCAAGCAUUAAAAUUGAUAAUGAAGAAGACCUCACUGCUUGCUGUUGAGGACGGCAGUUGUGAGGAUCAUCAAUGUUCAACUCAAUCUGAGAAUGGAUACAAGGUUGCUCAUAACCCAACGACAUCAAUGAAGCAGGAGAUUGAAAUCUUAGAGAAGAAAAUAGAGAACUUGACCAAAUCUUUAAACAGAUUUUGCAAGAUGAAGGGAGAAUUAGAUUGCGUAGAGACAAUAGGACUAAUUAAUAACUUCAUGAAGAAAAGGAUGUGUUGCAGAUUCGUUCGCCUGGAUAUGCAGCUGUGGAAAGUGAGUUCCUUUGAGAGUAAAAGUGGCCAUCAUGAUAUCACUCUUGACUAUCUUGGAUUAAUUUACCAAAGGCUCAGUUUGACUGCUCAUCCAGUUCCAAGUUUAACAGUUUCCAACAAAUUGGCCGAUACAAAGAUAGAACAGAAUUAUCCAAAUAUGGCAGCUCGCACAGCAUUCGCUUUUGUUUUCAAUAGUGAGACAGUUAAGAACUAUGCCACUUCAAGAUGUUUGGCAAAGGAAACGCAAAUGACACAUCUGCUUCUUAGAAAUCUCUUGGAUGUACUUGAGGAAUUACUUCUAGCACGACUAGAAAUCAAGAGUCUAACACACACAAGUUUUUCUCUUCAAGAGAUGGGCAACUUGAUCUGCUGCUUUCCUUCAUCGACUUCCGCAGUGAUCAGAAGGUGGCAUUAAGCUUUGACGUGACAUGUCUGAAUUGUGGGCUUUAUCCUUCGGAGGCUCUCCCAUAUCAUGUUGAAGCUUCCAUGGAGAAAAUUUCUCACUCGCUGCCUCAGUCACUUUCAAAGGAGAUUACAACUGCUAUAGAGCGUCUACGGGUGGGAUACUCAAGAAUUUUGAGGCUCUGCCGAUGUGUCUCCAAGGAAUUGCGAGGUUAAAGUAUAUUGUAUUGAAUCAGAGGAAAAAUAGAAGUUGUAUUCCAAUAGCUUGUUGGUGUCAAUAUGCAUAUAUUUGAUUUUGAACAUGCUGAAUCUGGUCAAUAUAGGUACUUUUCAACAUGUCAGACAUGAUUUUUAACAGAUUGUAAAUAUAGGUUGCCAUUGGCACCAAUCUUGCUGAA